GUAAAACAAAAAACUUUUGAAAAAAAUUUAAAAUACAAUGUAGUUUGAAACCCUACCUAAUUUCUUCUCACUCAAUCCCCAAAAUCGCCCUUGACUCGCUCUCUUUCACGCCGGCCACCGCACGCCGUCGCACCACCAGUUGCGAAGAACGGUGAUCCCGUCUGUGGCUCCCACCUCUCAGACGCUUUCGCUCUCACUCUCAGGCUUUCAAUUUCAGGUGGGUGGGGAAACAACAACAGUUCUUUAGAAGGAACAAGAGAGAAGUUGCUAUUUCAAAACAAGUUGGUAUUAAGAAAUGGUGAAGUCGUUUGGUUUGGGAUCUGAACCAGUGUCUGGUAUCUUGAUUCCUUCGAAGAAGAGAGAGUAUAGAGUCACCAAUCGCCUCCAAGAGGGCAAGCGUCCUCUAUAUGCUGUCGUUUUCAACUUCAUCGACUCCCGCUACUUCAACGUUUUCGCCACUGUUGGUGGCAAUCGGGUUACUAUUUAUCAUUGCCUUGAAGGAGGAGUUAUUGCUGUACUGCAGUCUUAUGUAGAUGAAGAUAAGGAUGAAUCUUUUUACACAGUGAGCUGGGCUUGCAAUCCUAAUGGUUCUCCAUAUGUUGUGGCUGGAGGAAUCAAUGGUAUAAUUCGGGUCAUUGAUGCAGGCAAUGAGAAGAUACAUAAGAGUUUUGUUGGCCAUGGGGACUCCAUAAAUGAAAUCAGGACUCAAUCGUUGAGGCCAUCACUUGUAAUAUCUGCCAGCAAAGAUGAAUCUGUUCGGUUAUGGAAUGUUCACACUGGAGUAUGCAUUUUGAUAUUUGCUGGAGCUGGUGGACACCGUAAUGAAGUCUUAAGUGUCGAUUUUCAUCCAUCAGAUAUAUUUAAGAUUGCCAGUUGUGGCAUGGAUAAUACUGUAAAAAUAUGGUCUAUGAAGGAUUUCUGGAGCUAUGUAGAGCAAUCAUUCACAUGGACAGAUAUCCCUUCUAAGUUUCCUACAAAAUAUGUCCAAUUUCCUGUAUUCAAUGCGUCAGUUCAUUCAAAUUACGUUGAUUGUACUAGAUGGUUGGGUGAUUUUAUCCUCUCAAAGAGUGUUGACAAUGAAAUUGUCUUGUGGGAACCUAAAGUGAAGGAACAGGCUCCAGGGGAGGGGUCAGUCGACGUACUUCAGAAAUACCCUGUUCCUGAGUGUGAUAUAUGGUUCAUCAAAUUUUCCUGUGAUUUCCAUUACAAUGCAGCUGCAAUAGGCAAUAGGGAAGGGAAAAUUCUUGUUUGGGAAUUGCAGUCAAGUCCUCCCAUUCUUAUUGCAAAGUUGUCGCAUGCUCAAUCCAAAUCUCCAAUCAGGCAGACAGCUGUGUCCUUUGAUGGAAGUACUAUUUUAAGUUGCUGCGAGGAUGGGACAAUAUGGCGCUGGGAUGACUUUGCAAACUCCGAAGCUGCUUAACUUAUUUUCGUGCACUAUUGAUGUAAUGUGUACAUCAUGUAAUAAUCCAACAUGAGGUACUCCUGGUUUAUGGGUUGAAUUAGUCUUGAACAUGAGAGAACCUGGUUUAUUAUUUUACAAAAACAUGUUUUAUUUGGAUUACUAAAAUAUGAAGUGUGGGAUGUAUCACUUUUAUGUUGAUGCAUUGAUGAAAUAUAUAUUAGUACUA